GUAUUUAAUGCUCGUUCAACGAUUUCGGUAUUACUAUUUUCCCUCCGAUUCUCUUCAAUGGGGCAUAACAAGUGCAGGCGAUUCAGAAGCAGCUCUUCCCACCGAGGCCAGUCCAGUAGUAACAAGGGACACCCUCGGGAUUAUGAUCACGACGAGUCUCUCCCAACUGAUCUAGAUGCAGCAAACGAAGAGGAGUUUCUGGUUCCAAAAAUCCAGCUUGCAAUGUGGGAUUUUGGACAAUGUGAUGUGAAAAGGUGCACAGGGCGCAAGCUUGCAAGAUUUGGCCUGUUGAAAGAACUGCGGAUUAAUUAUGGUUUUGGGGGCAUUGUUUUGAGUCCUGUUGGAAGGCAAUGCAUCUCAAAAGAGGACCUUGUCUUAAUAAGGAGAAAAGGAUUGGCUGUGGUGGAUUGUUCAUGGGCACGUUUGAGUGAUGUGCCUUUUGUGAAGCUUCGUUGUGCUGCUCCUCGUCUUUUACCAUGGCUGGUGGCAGCAAAUCCUGUGAAUUAUGGUCGCCCAUGUGAGUUAUCAUGCGUGGAAGCAUUAUCAGCAGCUUUAAUGAUAUGUGGGGAAGAGGAAACAGCAAAUCUAUUGUUAGGAAAAUUUAAGUGGGGUCAUGCGUUUUUGUCUUUGAACAGGCAACUAUUGAAGGCAUAUUCUGAAUGUGAAAACAGUGCUGACAUUAUUGCUGUCCAAAAUGAUUGGCUCUCUCAAAGUUCAAGAGUUCCAGAUACCAUUCCAGAUGCAAAUGGGACUAACUUGGUACCUCCUAGUAAGGAUGCCUGCUCUGAUGAAGAUUCUGAGGAUGGACUCCCACCACUGGAAGAGAAUUUGAACCACUUGAGAUUGGAGCAAAGUGAGGAUGAAAGUGAGUGAAGAAAAUUCAAUUACCUGUUACACUUGCAGGGUGAGGAGAAAAGGAGAAAAGGGCCAAUGGAACAUGAUUUUUUUUCUUCAGGUAAAACAAAGGGGCAUGCAAUUCUUUAGGUGAAAAGGCCCAAAUGGUCUAUUGAAAUGUAUUAUUAGUUGAUUUCUGAAUGCUUGUGAAGGGUUUCUUUGCAAGUGAAAAUGUAAUUUUAUAUCAAAUCUUUCCAAAUUAACGAGCGUCUUAGCUCAUGGGCUACAGAAUACGUAAUUGGUGUGUAAUUGGUGUUUGGGUCCCCAGUAUGCCUUGUAUCCCUUAUCUAGAACUAGAAGAUUGAAACACGCAAUAAACAGGUCUCACCUUGGAGAUUAACUGGGUACAUAAUCACUGUAAAACAUAUGGACAGUUAGAAAAGUCCAGUACAAAACAA